GGUAUUCAAGCUGCCCUUCGACAGCGCAGAAGAAGAAGGAACUGGAAAUCCGGCCAGGUCACGUGAGAGCUCUUAGCUACGGAAGAAAACAACCGCUUUACAGUAGCGGUUGCUGUUUUUAAUAAGUAAACGUUUCUUUGUGAUUUAGGGUGAAUAUUGCGCAGGCCGAAGGGGGAGAACGAAUGCAAAAGACGUUUUAUAUUACUUUAGGUUUUCAAACAUGGUUUCGGGUCCGCCGCUCUCAGGAGUGAACGUAGUGCUGGUAAUGGCCUACGGAAGUCUGGUAUUUGUGUUACUGUUCAUCUUUGUGAAAAGACAAAUCGUGAGGUUCGCCAUGAAAUCUCGACGAGGACCCCACGUACCGCUUGGACAUAACGCCCCCAAGGACAUGAAAGAAGAGAUUGAAUCACGCCUGUCCAAAGUGCAUGCCAUCCGUUACGAGCCUCGGCUGCUCUCCGAACAGGACGACCGGCUGAGGAACAGAGCUCAGAAUGGUUGUUAUAACUAUCUGUACAGAAUGAUGACCCUUGAUGCUAUCAGAGACUCAGACAUCCCAUUCCAGGAGAUGGGUCGCAGCCACAGUGCAGUCACAGGCUGCAGUUUCCGCAGCUGGCUGCUGGAGCUGCGCAGCUCCCACUCAGCAUUCAAGAACGGCCGCAGUGCUCUCAUCGACAGGCUGCUGGAGGGAUAUGAGAGUGCGCGCCAUGGGACAGGGGUGUUUGGAGAGGCUGAGUUUUUGAAAUACCAGGAGUCUCUAAACGAACUGUCUGAAGUUGUUAAAACUCAUUCCAGCUCAACCAGUCUGAAUCAGCAGCAUCAGUCGGCAGCCAAGGACCUGACCAGCUCUCCCAGCCUGACUGGCCCCUCCACCAUCCAGGUGACCUACCUGCCUUCUGGCCAGCGCAGCAAGAGGCCCAAGCACUUCCUGGAGCUCAAGAACUUCAAGGACAACUACAACACGCUGGAGAGCACGCUGUGAGAAGACGAGGGCGCAAGGAUCAACAGAUGCCACGCCGCUAGUUGCUAAUGCCUUGCGGGGACCAGCAGAGACACGGAAGGCAUGGAUCUGAAAUUCACUGAGCACGUGGUGGGUGUUUGGAGACGGCACAGUGGCGUGAGGUCAAUUAGGGUAGAUGUUCAGUCUCCUGGGCUAAACGAGGAACGUCCCAUAGAAUUCGACGUCCCAGGUGGUACGGAGCCUAGCCAGUGGCAAGCAGUGAAGAGUCUAAGCACUUUUAUGGAGCAUCGCUACCUGCCUUUUCGAUAUCCCCCCCCCCAACUCAGAUGGGAUGUUUCAAACACUGUGUGAUAUUGGAAACAUAGAGGAGAGCGGAGGUUAAACGCCAGUGUCUGUGUUGUGGUCUGCAUCGACUGUCUAACGUAGCACAACACGGCACUGACCCGUAAGCCGUAGAUCAUCGUAUUGGCACCAGUAGAUAUGGAUGAUCUCGGAUAAGUGCACUUCUUGAAAAACCUUGGGACCUCUGUACAUACAUGCAAGAAUGUAUUUUUAAUUUUUUAUGAAGCUGCUUGUGAGUGAGUGUGUGUGGUAGAGACCUGGGCAAAAAAGGUGUUUUGAUGUUAAAAGUGCUACGUACUUUUUUUUUUCCUUUGGCAAAAUUAAAAGUGCGUAUACAGCAGAACACCAGGUUCCAUGCUUUUUUUUUAAAUUAAUGCCAGAUUAAAGAUGUACAGAUUUUUUGGAAGAGUUGUUUUUUACAGAGGAAAAAAGAACAACUAUUAGUUGUUGGAUCAGAUCCGUUACCCUGGGGUCACGCUGGUUAAUGGCUUUGUGAACGUCUGUAAUAAACCGGUAGAGUUUCCAUGUGCGUGCUGUAAGAAAUCUUAAACUUGUUUCCUUUCUGGCUUAAUUUAACAAACUCAAAGAAAUGUAAUGUUUUCAAAAAGCGAUUGAAGUCUCAUGAUGUCAUUCUGUUCAUUCACAAAUCAGUGAAUCAAGGAGCCCUGCACAAAUGAGGUUGCCCAAGCCUGAAUGGCCAAUGUAAUUUUAUGUAACUAAGCACAAUAUGUGAUGAAAUGUGUAUAUAUAAAUUUACCCAGCAAUAAAAUAGUUUUAUGAAACAUGAAUGGAACCUCACUGCAAUUGGGGAUCCCUUCUGCUGGAGCAAAGACAUUAAAGUAGAAUACUUUGGAA